AGAACCAUCCGGUAAUCACAAUUCACAACUCUCAGACUCGGACUCAGAAGUCACGUAAUACCCCUUGACCUCGCAACUGGCCAAGGUUUCUGUUUCUUUUCCAAAUUCCAAUCCCUCCUCUCUCAGCCGUUUGUAAACAUAAGUUCGUCUUCUUCCCAUCCAUUUCCGUCUUGAUUCGAAUCGUCUAGGAGUUAAGUCUUACUUAUUUCAAACCUCCAAACACACGGAGGAGGCUCCUUCAGUCGACCAGCUCCCAACUCAAGCUCCGAGAAGGGAAUAAGGAAUGCUGCAUCGAAACCUCAUUAAUAGGGCACGUUUCAUCGUGGUAUUCUCCUGUGUCCUCCUCGUCGUCGUAGAGUGCUCAAACCCUCAGGUCAAAUGUAGCAAAACUUGCGUAGCAGACAACUGUAACUCUGUCGGAAUUCGAUACGGGAAGUUCUGUGGAGUAGGGUGGACGGGUUGUCCUGGAGAAAAGCCGUGCGACGAUCUCGAUGCGUGCUGUAAGACUCACGAUGAAUGCGUCGAGAAGAAAGGUCAGACUUGGUCAGACUUGGGAAUGUCAUCCAAAGAUAAGGUCCUGAAAGCACAACACACGCAGCAUGGAAGAGGAACAACCAUACAGGUGCUUCGUGAUGCUGAAACUGGAAAUAAUAUAACUGAAUGAUUUCAUAUGGACGAGGCCAUUGAAACGAUGCAUAUUGUUUUUUGAAACAGAAGAUAAUUUUUUAUCAAUAAUUUGAAGGUUCUAUUAGAAGCUAGAAAUAUUAGUGUUGCAGAACUGAUUUGGGGAAGUCAUGGCCGAUAUCUUGUGGCAUCAUCGUUGAUGCUUAAGACCCUAAAUGUGCCCGGUCACCUUUCAGUAGAAGAGUUUUUAUGUGUUACCCAUCUGAUCUGGCCAAUAUGAUGUGAUUUAGACAUUAUAUGGGGAAUUGCGACAAAUCUACAAAUAUCAUAUGGGUUCAACUCAACUCAACCAACCCUCUUUUUCCAACUGUGGUGUUAACUAGAUGAAUCUUGUUUUGACCUUC